AUGCCUAAAACUAAAUUAAACCAUAUAAAAAUAGUUACUUCUAUUCUGGCUGCACUUUGUUAUAUCAGCAUAAAAACAGAAUAUCUCUAUACAAAGCUUAAAUAUAUUAUAAUAUAUCAUAAUACUUUAUUUAUAAGAUGGAAUGUGCCAUACACUGGCUCUGCUGCAAAUAAACAUACGUUUUUAGUAAUAUUACUGCUAUUUGGUGUGUUCUAUUGGUUUCCGUUAUUUUCAUCUAUUUCUAUAUUUGAAAAAUUUAAAGAAGGAUUUUCUCUAAUGGAGCAUAUAUAUAAAGAGAAGUAUAAAAUGUUUACAACACUGCUGGCUUUGGCCAACGGGGUCGACUGUGGGAAAAAUAAAAUUUCAUCGCUGUUGAUUAGAUGGAACAGAGAUGCUUGCAUGAGUUCAUUAUUCCAGGCAAAGAGAUAUGACGAGCUGUAUAGCUGUGUGUUCAAUCAAUUGAAAUCGGGUUCAAAUUUUUAUAAACGGAUACUUGCAGGAAUAGCAGGGUGUAUACAAAACAAAGACAUAAAGAGCGCCUUUAUCAUAGCCAGAGAAAACAUAACAGAUAAGGCUCCAUAUCCUUGCAUAAUACUUUCUAUGAUUAUAGAGGGACACAUGUACUUAAACGAGAACAAUAUAUAUAAAGCCAAACCCUGGGUAGAAAAAGCAUUGGAGUGCCUUGAAAAACAGUUUAGCUAUGGGCUCUUCAUUCUUAUUUAUACAGUGCAAAAGGAAGUGCUAUUUGAAGAGGAGGAGGGUGCUCUGUUUAAGUCGCUUUCUGUUAUUAAUUUGAAUAAUCCAAAGUACUUUGAAGUAAUUGAGGAUAUUAAGGACAUAAAAAAGCUAGAAGAAUUUUUGGCAUCAAAAAACCUCCCGCACUCUACAUUGAGGCGGCUUUAUAUUCUGAAGAACCCGCUUUUAAACAAAAAAGAUUUAUUAAAAUACUUUGAAGAGGUACCUAAAGAUAAAGAGUGUCUGAAAUAUGUACUGGAGAGAAGAAUCUGCAAAGAAUUGAUACCACUUGCAGAAAAACUGGGAAUAUUCUGCGGAGAUGUAAAGGAUAAGCAGGAAGAAAAGCAGUGGAUGGCUCCAUUCAGGGCCCUUCCUGCUGAAAAGACUCAAAGUAAAGCUACAAUUAGGAAGAUACAGCAAAUGUCCCGAAAAAAACUUGCAAAAGUGAUAUACAAGUCUGGUUUAUAUAAUAAAGUGCGAAUACCAGCAAGUUUUGGCAUACCUCACGAUUUUUCUGAGGAAGAUGAUGAUGAACAAGAAGAUGAGGAAAUGGUGUUAAAUGAAUAUUAUGAAGAUGUUUUGCUGGAUAACUUACCGCAGCCGGAAAGCACCUUGCGCGUGCCUGUGGAGCAAUAUGAAGAAUUACCAGUAGACAAUAAAGAUGAUGUUCACCUAGAAGACAAUGAAUUAAAUACUCACAGUUCGCGUGCAUCUCCUAUAAAUGGUUCUAUAGAGAAAUCCACUCAGGACAUAUCAGAAAAAGAAUCCAUAAAAAACCCUGAGGAUGCCUCUAAUGCUAAGCAGGAUAAUUAUAAGGAGUGUUUAGAUCAUUUAGACAGUGACUCUCUAGAUUUGGAUACGGACAAAUAAUAAUACAUCUUGGCAAAAUACAUUUAUAUAGAAAAUACAUUACUUCUCUUUCUAUUUUUAUAUAAUCCAAAAUAAUAACAGAAAACACAAAAAGAUGACUCAUUCUUUGUAGUAGAAAGAGUUAAUAGUUGUAUUUAAAUUAUAAAACAAUAGAAAUCCUAGAGGAGGUGAUCUUUCUUUUUAUAGCCCAACAUACACAUCAAUAAAAAUAUAUA